CCUCGGCUCGCAUUCAGUCUGCGUCCCUCAUCCUCGUACUCUGUGCCAUCCGCCAGCUCUCCGUCGAGCAUCUCCUGCACUCAUGUCGACCAUGUCGAACGACGACGCCAUCCCGAUCCCCGAAGACCUCCUGUCCCACGACGCAAUCAAGGACCACCCCAGCAUUCUCGAGCUGCACACGAAGCACGGCGGCGUGCCCGCCGACGCCGACGACGCGUGCCUCGCCAAAGUAAUGGACUUUACGAACGCGAUCGCGCACCACGGCGUCGACCCGGCGCGCAUGCGGCGCUCCGACCCGUCGCCGCGCCGCUCUGCGCGCGUCUUCCGCGCUGAAGUGCUCGGCCAUCGCGAGCCCUCCGUGUCCCCCGAGCGCCGGCGGAGCAUCAGCCAAACGCGCGCGCGCGAGCCCUCCGCGCCGGGCGCGCCGGGCGCACCGGGCGAAAACCUCGCGCCCGCACGCUCGCGCUCGCGAUACCGCAGCCGCUCGAGACCGCCCACCGUCAAAGAGGAGCCGGAGCGCCAUGGCUCAGGCGUGCCGGGACGUCGGGACGAGGUCAUCCCCGAGAUCCCGAUGGGGCCGGACGCCGCGCGCGCGCUCGAGAACCGCCUUGCCGCUUUCACGCAGCAGCAGCAUACCGUGCAUGAGCGGCUGAUGCGCGCCGUCACCGUCCUCGAGGAGGAGUAUGCCCAGAUACAGGCGAGGAACACGAACCGCGUCAACUACUAUCUCGGUGAACCGCUCGUGCCGGUGACGAACGGGCGGGCGCCAGUCCCCCGCCACCUGCCGGUAAGUUCUCGCUGAGGCAGUGCUUUGAUGUGUCUGUUCCCAGCCUGGCGCAGUGUUGUCUUCGCGGUGUAGUCCGCUCAGCCCAACCACCACCUUUACUGUGCUCGCAUGCUCACACAAGCCCCUCGACUCUGUGGACACAAUCCAGUCCCUCCCGGCACGCGACGUGCGCGCCUGGCUCGCAUACUACACGGGCAAGUC